AUCUGGAAGGACAUCCGUUUUUCCCAAUAAUUUUACCAAUCCUCGAGAACCCAAAGAUUUUAUCUCAUGUAUAUCUGUAUAAAUUGUGGAACUGAAACAGAGGAACUUUAUAGACGAUAUUGUCCAAGCGUGCUUAAAGUUUUGAAAUGUAUCAAAUGCGGAUUAUUAGCUGACAAAUACAUCGAAUAUGAUCCUGUUAUUGUAUUUGUUGAUCUUAUUUUAUUAGAGAAACAAGCCUAUCAGCAUCUUUUAUAUAACAGUAAUUUUAAAUCAUAUUGGAAGUUGAUGGUAAUGUUAUGGUUGGCUGAAGCCUUCAGAGCUUGGUCUUUUUGUGAAUCUGUUAAUAGUCAAAAAACCAAUAUAGAUGUAGGCAAUAGAGAUGUAUUUCAAGGAGACUGUAACUUUUAUAUUCUGCUAUUACAAACUGCCAUUACAUUAACAGUAUUUAUUGCUACUGUAAUUAUUGUAACUGAAGUACGUUGGUUGCUUAGCAGAAAAAGGCCACACAAAUAUAAUGCCAAAGAUUUAACUAGAGCACUUAUCGUGGGAGGAUGUUCAAAGUUGUUAGGAUUAUUAGCUAUCAUAUGGGAACCAAUAGAAUUAGAUCUACAUUACAUAUUUGUUCAGGGCUAUACAGUUUUAUGCCUUAUGACAGCAUAUUCAGUUGUCUGUAAGACUGGGAAAACUGGAUCUUUGAUUGGAUUGAUCACUGGAUUUUUGGUUUGCAAUUACAUUUCUAAUUUUGUUUCUACAUUGCCUUUGUGUCCAACAUUAUUCUAAUGUAAGGAUCGAUCUAAUAACGGAUUUUGAUGCUCAGGCAUCCUUGACAGGAAGAAUACUCCAUCCUACUACUAAUCUAUCAAAUCCACAAGAAAAUAAAUUACAAAUACUACUACUAUCUUCUGCCCAUGCUACAGAACAGACCAUUCUGCGAUGUCCCUAAAAUAGUAAUUUUAAUAGUAUAUUAUUAUAUUUUAUGAUAGAUUUGUUUUUAAAAUAAUUUGUAAUUUUCUAUGUUGUAUAAUUUUGCAAUAUUUAAAAAUAUAAACGGAGAUGAUAUAUAA